CUAUAGCAUUGCUGGAUCCCCGCACUCUCUCCCUGAACCGAAUCCUUGUCGAGUUACUAGUUGUUCACAUGAACGUGUAACCAAACAAUAUGGAUGCCAUAGGGUGCCUUCUCCGCUUCGCUGCCAAUCUCAUUAGCGUUCAACUACAUGUGCUACAACGCAACCGGAUAUUUAAAGCUUACUCUCACUGUCAGUGCUGCCUUCUCCUCCAUCAGCUGCUAUUUUCAAUUCAUCUGGCCCGUAAUGGGCACCGGCACCCAUUUGAAUGGUGGCCGGCCCACGUUGUUCACCCAAUUAUCACGGUUGCCACACACCAGCAUCUAUCAGCCCCUUGCUUCUGGCUCACUCUGUUCCGGCUCACCUCGCAGAGAUUGGCGGUCUUCCGAUCCCCUCUGGGACAAUAAUUUCACAUACGUAACAUUAACACUCUUUCUAAUCGUUUCCGCGGGCGAUCAUCCCUGGCAUGUCGUGAUACCGAUACCUUACAUAUACUUCGUCCAUGUAGUACGUCGCGUACCACUGGAAACAGUACUACAUGCCCCAACUUGCAGCCCACUGAAACCCAGCAGCUUUCAACUCGCGAUAUUGUGUCGCAUACUCUCACCCAUCAGAUUGACUGUAAUACAUAGUAGCAUUCUAUGCAUCCGCCGCUGCCAUCAUAAAGCUUCCAAUACCCAGGGUCCAGCCCUUUCGAGUCGAGCAUCUCCCAUUCCGUGACUAGGAACCAAACUCAUUUUACCCCACUUAUGCGACCGGUUUGAGAAAUGUGA